AUGUUGGUGAACAAAGCGACCAUUCGAAUGGCACGAAGCCUUGCGGCACCCUUCAUGGUGGAUUGGAAUGGCGAUGGUUUGACGGACCUCUUGGUAGGUCAAGGUGAUGGAAGCGUUUGGUAUUACGAAAGAUCUCCAAAGGAUGCAAUGCUCUACUGGAAAAACGACAAAGACAAAGCCAACCCUUUUCGAGUGAUUGAGCCAAUCCCUUUCGACAAACAUGGCGGCCAACAUCCAGCAGGGCCCGUAGUGGUGGAUUGGGAUAUGGACGGCGAAUACGAGCUGCUCUUAUCGGUUGCAGGCCGCAUACGUUACUUCAAACAGAAAGCGGGUGAGCUGGUGGAACAGAAGGGGAAGGACAACCCCUUUGACAAUAUCACAUUUAGUAGCGUUGCACCACGUGUCGCUGCAGCAGACUGGGAUGGCGAUGGAGAUAUGGAUUUGAUCCUGCCGAGGGGCAGGGGAUUGGCCUAUUUUGAACAAGUUGAUGGAAAGUUGGUGGAACGCGAAGGUGGAGCGAAUCCGUUUAUGAAUGUCAAAGGCGCCUACAUUGACAAUGCCCGGGGUUGGGAUGGCACCUACGGUGCUCCUUUCGCAGUGGACUGGGAUGAUGAUGGUUUCUCGGAUCUGAUUUAUGGACAAGUGGAUGGUACAGUGCUCUUCUUUGAGCGUUUGGCCAGCGCACGCCUUGCACAGAGGACUGGCAUUGCAAAUCCUUUCGGAAGGAUACAGGUGGGUCACUACGCGGCGGUCCAGGCGGUUGACUACAAUGGUGACGGCCUGGUGGACGUGAUCGCGGGAAAUCAGGAUGGAAAAGUCGCACUCUUCGCUCGUGUGCGAGAUGUUCGACUACAAGAGAGGAAGGGCAUUGCCAAUCCGUUUUACGACAUAGGCCCUUUGAAAAAUGCGGUGCCAUCCACGCCUUUGAUGGAUGAGAUGGGCGCUUUAUAUUUCAUGUUUCAGGAAACCAACGUGGGACGGGUUGAACUCUUUAAACGCCUCGAAGAUGGCAGUUUUCAAAAUCUCACCCAAGCACGACCACCGGCAGUGGCUGCUACUGCCGUAUGGUUGCAAGCAGGCAGAACCCAACUUCUGGACUGGAACGGGGAUGGCAAGACUGACAGGUUGACAAUCUACCACAAUGGAACAGUUGACUACAAGGAGAAUGUCAGCGGGGUCUUGACUGACUUGGGCGCUCAUAGUCCAUUUUAUGGUCUCAGUUUUGGAUCUGCUUUCACCGAUGCCAACGUCUCAGGUUACCUGCCGUUGGAUCUCUAUGGCGACGGCCGCAAAGAACUGUUGGUGGCCGAAUGGGGUCUCAAAGAAUUGAGGUUUUUCGAAACUGCUUGGUGCGAACUGCCAGAUGCCUGCAACAGUCGAGGUGUUUGCUUGAAGAACAGCGGGAAAUGCUCCUGCAUGUUGGGCUAUGAUGGCACGGACUGCUCUCAGUGCACUGAGAGUUUUUUCACUGACUUCAGUGACAAGUUGAGCGAUUACCCGGGCUUUGUUUGCCGUGCUUGCCCUGGAAGGCUGGGAAAUGGCACCUGCAGUGGCCGUGGCACUUGUGAAGACGAUGUCAUGGUGAAGCAGCUUCAGGCCGAGGAGGCACCCGAGAUGUCGAAGUUGCAGACUGCCUUCCUCCGUGGUGAGGGCACCUGCACUUGCAGUGAACACUUCAAUGGAACCAACUGCGAAACAGGCAAAUGCCCCGCUGGGACGGAGUAUGCCGAACAUUCCAUCAUCGCACAUUGUGAGCAGUGCAAACCCGGACAGUACAAAUCUGAAAGCGACAAUACAGCGCGCUGCAGAAUGUGUCCCCAACAUCACUACGCACCAUCAUCAGGAACAGCAGUUUGUCAAGAAUGUCUUGGCUCCCUUUUUAUCUAUUCCGUGGACAAGGAACACACGGAUUGCCGCAUGGAUGUCACCGCCAGUUUGCCAGUGUUGUUGGGAAUUAUUUGUUGGGCAUUGACCUUCUACUUUGCACCCAUGGUCUUCGGCUUGCCGAUCGUUAUCGCUGAUAUCUCCUUGGGACCAUAUUUGCCCAGUGAGAAGCGAAAGGAAGAAGGAGCAGCAAAAUCUUGCUGCAAGCUGCGUAGAACUCCUGCGCGCUUUGCGGAGGAAGGCGAAAAUUUGCAAUGCGUCAAGGUGAAGUCUCAUGGAAACCACAACCUCCUCAGGGGACAACGUGCCACCAUCUACUUCCGUGGCACGGGUGACCCGCGAUUGGACACUAAGCGCUUUGACUUCAAGGUGGAGGGCUUGACGCAUCACGAGCUGCUUCUGCUGAACCUGGACGGCACACCUGUGAGCAUCAACCAUGACUCUUCCACUGGGCAUUUGCAGGUGAAGUACCAGCAUGCCAUGCUGCGCAUGGGGAUGUUUGGCUUACCAUUCAUCGUUUGGACCUUGCUUCCCAUCGGUGCCUAUGCAGCUUUGCUGGCGUACUUGAACAGCAGUGCCGUGAAGUUUCUUCCAAGCACCAGUAGCCUUCAUGUGGCCAUCGGUUGCCUCGUCUCCGUGAUAGUGCACAGCUUCCGCUACAAGAAUUUGGCACGGACGCGUCUGAAGAAGGACAUCAGACACUUCAUCCAGAGGUUGAAGCAAAAGAAUCCAAAUCCAACUCGUUGCGGCCGCGGGCCGUCCAGGGCCAUCACUGCAGGACAGCUGAAGGAGUUUGACUACUACUUCCAUGGCUAUCAUGGGUCACACCGUACCAUGUAUUACGUGUGCCACAACAUCAUCUUGCAACUGACUCACCCCUUCAAGCUCUCCUAUGCGGAGUUGGCUGGUCCAUCUUUGGUGACCUGGUUCGUCUCGCACUACUGGGGGACAUCGUUCCGUCACUUUGUGGACACAGUGAGCAAACACAGCGAAGAAAAUCCUUUCCCAGGACGCAAACCUUCUCAGCAGCCGUAUUGGAUUUGCAGCUUCAGCAACAAUCAGUGGGCAGUCGAAGAGGAAGUUGGUAAAAAUUGGGACGAGUCCUCCUUCUACCUGGCAAUGAGAAGCGAUGCCUGCAAAGGAACUGUGAUGGUUUUCGAUGAGGACGCGCUUCCAUUGACACGAUCUUGGUGUUUGUUCGAGCUGCUGCAGACACAUCAUUUCAAACACACUCGGGAAGACUUUGCCGGUUUGAUGCUUUGUUCUUCGAACGGCGUGAUGAAUCGAGGCAACGGGUCUUUCGACCUGGCCAUCAAAGUGAGUCACAAGUUGGCAACCUUGGAUUUGCGCGACGCAAAUGCAAGCAAGGAGUCUGACAAACUGAUGAUUGAGGAACUUGCAGCUUGCUUGCGAGCGGUACGCCGUCAGGCGGGCUUCAAGAACGUCCGGACCUUUCUAACCAACGCCGUGGAGGAGGUCCUACUUGCAACGCGUUCGCGCUUCCAGGCAGGUAUCCGUCGCCGGCAUGACAAAAUGACCGAGCUCCAGUCCUCGUUGGCGCUGACACAGAGCGAGUCGCCCACGCGCAAGAAGGUUCCUGAGCCAAUGCCCAGUCAAGUGCGGGUGACGGAUCCCGACAAGGAGAAGCGACCCGCGCUGCUGGGCUCCUUCCGUAAGGAAGAGUCUCCAGACAAAGAUCAGGCACGGGCAGAUGAUUUGGGUGCAAAAUGCCCGGAGAUUCCUGAGACGUUAACUGCGCUUGAUUGGUAUGAUUUGCGGGAUUCCCCGGAGUUCUUCAGGUGUUUGCAUGACUUGAAGUCUCAGGAGCUACUUCUGGUGGGCCUCUACUUUGCUUCAGCCGCGCAACCAGAGGAGGUGCUCGUCAAAGACGCUCCAAAACUGGGGGCAGUUUGGCUGAACCCGGGAGUUGAAGAACAUCAUUUGCUGUACAAGUUGGGGAAACUACAAAGACAUGUUGUUGCGAAAGGCGUGGACUUGAAAGCGGAACAGUUCGAAGAUGCUGCACUCUGUGCUUCCAACUGGUCCACACGCUGCAGUGUCAUGGAGAUUUCUCCAGAUGAUUUGCCCUGUAUUGGACCAGAAGCUUCACCAGAGAAGUGCAAGGCUCGAUUGGCAGCUCUGGUCCUGCAGCUUCAGGCCAGCGAGAAAGCCCAGGCAGCCGUCCCCGCGCCAUCCAUGGCCUUCUGCGCCGCCGGGCGACUCAUAGCUGGACGCAGCCCGCAGGAGCUGGUGCCGUGGCUCAAGGGCUAUCAGCAAGCGCAGUGUGCCCUUUCCAGCUGUGUGCUGACGGGUACCAAUUUGAACUAUGCCAACCUCUACGCAUGCCAUUUGGGGGGUCAACAAUGGACGACGCUGGGAGUGUUUAUUCUGUUGCUGGUCUAUUGCUUCCUCAUCAUCGGUGUCGUGGCUGAUGGAUAUUUGAUUCCUGCUCUUUGCCAGAUUGGCAGGCAUUUGGAAAUGUCGGAUGCAAUGCUGGGAUCGACUCUAUUAGCACUUGGAGGAUCCAUCACUGACUUCAUGACUGGCCUGGUGUCAGUGUUGUCGUUGGAGAAUGAACAGCCCGAUGUGAGUCUGUGGCUGGGUGGCUUGGUCGGUGCUGGACUCUUCGCCACCACCGUGGUGGUGUCGCUGGUGCCGCUCUGUAGCGACGGCGGCGCCCAGAUGGACGCGAAGGCGCUGAGCCGGGACCUUGGAUUUCGAAGUUUGGCCAACGUGCUGGUGAUCACCUUCGCUUGCUUGGGCUAUUUCAAUGCUUUCCUGGGCAUUGUUAUGACAGCCUGCUAUGUAGUCUAUGUUUUGAUCACUCUACGUGAGACUUCCAAGACAGAGACGCAAGCGAACCCUCCUGAUGCACGUCCAUCGGUGGCCGAGGACCUCUCUUUCAUCAGUUCCAGUUUCGGUCGCCGGAAGUCAUUGUCCUUCCAAGCCCAUUCGGGCUCAUUGGUCUUGACACAUGUCUCAGGCGAAGAUGCUGAGGAGAUGUGCUCGCAACGUUUGAAGCGGCAUUUGGCAUGGAACGGUGCAUCUGCCGGAGUCAUGGAGAAGGUGAACUUCUUUGUCGCUCUGCCGUUCCGUCCCUUCUUCUGCCUAACGAUGGCCACGGUGAAAUGGGAUCCCGUGGUCAAUGUGGUGAUGCCUUUCUGCGUGUGCCUAUUCUUACCAUUUGGCAAUCCCCUGGGCAACAGCUACAAAGCGCCUGAUUGGAGCUCAAUGCUAACGAUCAGUGGACUGGCUGUGGUGGGUUUGCUGUUGUCAAUCAGACUUGGCCUCUUGGCCCGCGGCUGUCCCGGACAUUACAUCGGAUUCGUUUUCUUUCAAUGGAUCACCUUUGUGACAGCCUUGCUAUGGGUUGGCUUGCUUGCUGGCGAGAUUGUGGGAGCAUUUACCGUACUUGGUGCAGUGAUUGGAAUGUCGCCCACCACCAUGGGUCUGACUCUGCUGGCCUUCGGGAAUACGGUUGACAACGUCUUUGCCACCAUGGGAUUGGUAAAAAAUGGCCAGUCCCCUGUGGCCAUCACCGGGGUGUAUGCAGCAGACACCUUUACCAUGUUCUGCGUUUGCGGAUGCAUCAUGCUCCUGCUGUGCAUGAAAACUGCAGCAGCUGUUCCGGUAGCUUUCACACCCUGUGCUAUGACUCUACUCAUCGUGAUCCAGGUGAUUCUCGCCACCACUUGGCUUUGGACGAAACAAAACCAAUGGAAAAUGCCAAAGGUGCUUGGAAAAUUCCUUUUGGCAUGCUACCCUUCCGCCUUGAUCUUGGGAUUUCUGCUUGAAUACAUCAUCCGCAAAUGA